AUGGAGAUGGCUCCCUCAGUCGUUACCGGCGCCCAACCCCCGACCUCGUCGCAGCCUUCAACAACUCGACAAAACAACCUCCGCAACCCGCUCCCCCUCUCCCCCGCCCAAGAACAGGAAGUCCGCAGACUGUACCACGAACGCGCCCGCCGACGGUGCGCCGACGUCAUUAAAGACUUUGCCGACUGCGCGCGCGGCCGUACCAUUUCCGUGGCGUGGCAUUGUAAGGACCAGCAUCUGGCCAUGAACAGCUGUAUGAUCCAGUAUGCCACGAAGGCAGAAGAGGAUGCCGCGAGAGAGGAAUGGUUCCAGGGUAUCCUUGCCAGGCGGAGGGAGAAGGAGGAGGCGCUGGUGAAGGUGGAGGAAAGGCGGAGAGAAGUGAUUGAGUUGACGAGACGCCAGGAGGAGAAGGAGCGGGUCGAGGCCGAGAGGAAGAAGAAGGAGACGGACGACGUGAAGAAGCUGGAGGCAAAGGAAAAGAAGGGUGGUGGGUGGUGGUUCCGAUAA